CUUAAAGCCGAGCAGAUGGGGUUGGAGUUCAGUCGCCCCGGGCAGGACUUGCUCGCUUGCAGGGACACAGGAAUAACUCCUGCCCAGGACACUGGUCUGCCGCAGUUCACUCUCCCCAUGGAAGAAAUUGAAGCCAGAGAAGCCUGUGACUGGCUGAGGGCUGCCGGGUUUCCCCAGUAUGCUCAGCUCUUUGAAGAUAUGCAGUUUCCCAUUGAUGUAAAAACUGUAAGGAAAGAUCAUGAAUUUUUAGAUGGAGAUGCGAUUGAAUCCCUCUUCAGACGGCUGAACACGUUGAACAAGUGUGCAUCAAUGAAAGUGGAAAUAGGCCGUCAGAGGAAACGGAGUGAUGAUUCUGAAGAUGAUGAACCCUGUGCAAUAAGCAGCAGGUGGGCUUAUGAGAGGUGCAGCCAGAGGUGGUCUCGAAUCGAGAGCCUGGAGGGUCUCCCAGCAGAGGGAGGUGCCAGUGCCUCGGUCCCAGGCAGUCCAGUACUGAAGAUCAUCAGCAAGGAGGACAGUGUCAUCCUGGAUCAUGGAGAGAAGCACGAUGUGUCCUCAGUUCACAGCACCAGCAGUGCUGACAGUGACACUGUGAGCUCCCCAAAACCUUUUGAAGAUGUGGAAACCAGCACGAGUUCCUCGAGGUGUUCCUCAAUUAAGGUACCUGCACUGGACUCUACUUUCAGUUGUUCUCCUCCCCCCAGUGAAUUUUUAAAUAACACCAGCGAGCAAAAGCUUUUGGAUAAGUCGCCAUCUAAAAAGAGGAAGAGCCUUCUAAAGAAAAUGGAGAAGCUGCACUUAAGGAGCUGCAACUUAAGGAGUGGUCAGUCAAAGGCCAAACCCACAAUAAGUGAACCUGUUCUUCUAGAAGGGCUUAGUGAAGAAAAGAUGAAGAUGCUGAACUGUGUGAAUAUUUCUGACCUCUCUGGCAUCCAAACAAAGGACAAUUCUUCCUUUUCUGCCCAGAGUCACAGCAGCAGCAGUCAGUCUGGAAAGAGCAGCACAGUGAGCACUCCAAGUCCUGGUAUAAAACCAGGCAGCCCCUGCGAGGGAAGGGGGAUGUGUGCAGAGCACACAGACUCCAGCAAGCUCUUGCUGUGGAAUGACCUAUCUCAGCAAAACCUGAAAAAUGACAUGACAUUACAAAAAUCUCAGAUGUUUCAAAUACCACAAGGCCAUAAACCUGGCACCUUCCCCACAGCACUUACAGACAGCUCCCUCUCUCCAGCAGACAACUCUUCUGUCAACUGGAGAACUGGGAGUUUUCACGGGUGCAGGAGAAGCCGGAGCAGAAGCGGUUCCAAGGAGCCCAAAGCCCCCAGGAGUCCCCUUUCAGGCUCCUGUAACAGGCUAAGUGUGUAUGACAACAUGCCCAAUAUGGACCUUGACAGCCUGGAGGCGGCACAAGUCGGUGAUGAUGAUGUUUUUUCGGAACUGAACAAUGUUAUAGCAGAUGUCAACGGCCUCAAAAAGUUGGUUGAUCAGUGGACAGAGAAGUUCUCAGAUGAUGGGGAUUCUGACUUUGCCAGUGACUUGACCUCUUUGUGUCCAUCCUCCCCUAAAGAAAGCUCUCUUGAAACGGAGGGCUCAGAAGACAAGAGAGCAGGGGGCACUGAGGGAGAGAGCAGCUGUGGCCUGGGCAAGGAGAUUGGCUCUGCAGAUCUGACAUACAUCACAGACUCUAAAAAGGCCAACAGGCACAGGAAGCAACACUGGUCUGUGGAAGAGAGUGUGAACUUGGAAAGCCUUUCCAUGCAGAGUGAUGGCCAGUCUGCUGCCCAGCUGGCCCGGACACAAAAGCUGGCACUGUUGAAACUCACUGCUUUAAUGGACAGAUAUUCCCCUUCCAGCAGGCAGGGCUGGAACUGGACCAUACCAAAGUUCAUUAAAAAACCAAAAGCCUCUGACUACAAGGACAAAAACGUGUUUGGGGUUCCUUUACUCCUGAACGUGCAGCGAACAAGCCACCCACUGCCCAACGGGAUCCUGCAAGCCCUGGACUACCUGAGAAGCCACUUUCUUGACCAGGUUGGCCUGUUCCGAAAAUCUGGUGUUAAAUCCAGGAUCCUGUCUUUAAGAGAAAUGAAUGAAACCAACCCAAACAACGUCUGUUACGAAGGGCAGUCAGCUUUUGAUGUGGCAGACAUGGUGAAGCAGUAUUUCCGAGACCUCCCCGAGCCCAUAUUUACCAGCAGGCUCUGUGAAUCCUUCCUCCACAUCUACCAAUACGUGCCAAAGGAUCAGCAGCUCCAGGCUGUCCAGGCUGCCAUUCUCCUUCUCCCAGAGGAAAACCGAGAAGCUCUGAAAAUCCUCCUGUUCUUCCUGCGAGACGUGGUCGCUUUUGUCGAGGAAAACCAGAUGACCCCAACCAACAUUGCUGUCUGUCUGGCACCUUCUUUGUUUCACCUCAACACCCUGAGGCGGGACAGUUCCUCCUCCUCCACUAGAUCCAGUCAGAGGAAGUGCAGCCUAGGGAAGCCAGACCAGAGGGAGCUGAGUGAGAACCUGGCAGCAACGCAGGGCUUGGCCCACAUGAUCAUGGAGUGCAACAGGCUCUUCCAGGUAAAACUGCUCUCUGCCUGCCUGCAGCACCAAGAUGACACCAGAGGCUGGGUGACCUGCUCAUACCUGGCAAAUAAGGUAAAGAGGAUGGAAAGUCACCACAGUAAGGUUGCCUCUGGGAGUGAGGGAGGCUGCAGGUGGCUGGAGGGUUUCCUGGAGGUACCCUUGGGUGUUUGGAGUUCAUGGGCUUUGGAUCCUGCACCGGGAAUUGCUCUGAGCUGUGCCCACAGCCCUCGUCUGCCUCUGUACCUGUGAUUGCUGAAGCCACACUCCUUUUUUCUCCUUUUCCUUCCUCCCUCCCCGCAUCCUUUCUUUCCUUCUUCCCUUACUUCUUCCUUGCUUUUCAUUCCUCUCUUCCUUUCUCUCCUAAGGGGGUGCUGCUCCCUCAGAGCACCUUCCCUUACCACAACCCCAUCCCAACAGACAGACAACUCCAGUUGUUCAGUCCCUUUAUUGUCAUUCCACAGGGCACAGCUACAUCCUCUGGACAGGCUUGAUCCCCAGGAUGUCGAAUCCCUUGGCCAUGAUGGCGGCAGUGGCUUCGCACAGGAGCAGCCUCCACAUGUUCACCUUCACGAUCUGGCCUGGAAAACACCAACAGAGGAGCUGGAGCAGCUGCUCAGAACAACCAAUGGUGCCUUCCCCUCUGCCUACAGCCUGGCCCUGGACUGUCACACUGAGCCCCUCCUGCUCUCCCUAAGCCAGGCAGACUGACCAGCCCUCGUGUUUCCAGAUGCCUGGCUGGUCCCAACUCUACUCAACCUUCCUGCUCACAGGCAGAUGACAACACAGGCUGUCCUUCCACACAGACCCUUGUUCUGCAGCAGCAAGUAGUGUGACAACAGCCUUCCCAGCACAGGGGAACACCCUGCAGAGUGUCUGUAAUAUGACAAGUGGCAGGCACACGCAGCACCCCACGGCCAACACUCACCACUCUGCCUGUCCUUCUCCACGCAGUAGCAGUUGUCGUAGAACUCGGUGAAGGUGGUGGCCAGCUCAUACAGGUAGUCACAGAGUGUGUGCAACAACAGGUCCUCCAGGAUCUUCUGCAGGAUCUCAGGGAACCUCAGGAUGCACUUGCCCAAUUUCCACUCCUUCUCAUGGUCAAGGAUUAGCACCUCCUCCUUGGCUGCCUUCCGCAGCAUCUGCUCGUCAAUGUUGGCCAGGCGAGCGAUAGCCCUGGAAUGAUCCAGAACAGGGGAUGCUUGGUGGGGCUCCCACUGCUCAGCCUGCCUGGGGCCAGCCUGGUCAAGGCCUGUCCCAAGACUGAUGUCCAGUCCUGGGUGACCAGGCCAAAGAGAUCAAUCAGCCUUGGGGACACAGGGGGAGGCCCUGCCCUCGAGGUGAUCCAGGAGGGCACUGCACAAGAACAGGGAUGGAUGGGCUCUGGGCACCCACAUCAGCAAGGACACAUGAUGCUGCCAAGCAAACUAGGGCUCAGGGUGCCAGAAAAACUGUGGGGUAUGGCAAUGCCUGAGCUGAGCAGCUGCUGGAGCACAGGUGCACCCUUUUCCAACCACCCAAAUCCUCUGAUUACCAGAAACUCCUGCAGCUCCCUCCCUGGGAUGUGUGUCACACAGAGGAGCCAUUUCAGGUGGCAGAGCACACACCAUUUGCAAUGACAAAUAAAAUCUUGCCUGUGGUGCACACCAGUGUAGCUGCCUUCUCUAACCAACCUCCAACAGCACUGAUGUGACCAUCACCCCUCUGCCCACACGUGCAGAGCAUCAGCACCAACUCCCUCUGCUCCCUCACCCACCUGAUCCGUGUGAAGGCAUACAGCAGAUAGGCAGCUGUGUUCCCUCGGUCAUCCAGCAUCUUGUCGAAGGAGAACACGUAAUCAUUUAGUCUGUUGUGGGACAGAUCUGCAUAUUUAAUGCAUCCAAAAGCCACUGAUGUCUGGGCAGCUUUCAGCUCUUCUGCUGUGAGGACCUGGUGCAAAUUCAAAGCAGAUCACAGUCAAGAGGAAGGACACUACGCUGCCCUCAUGAACCAGAACAUGCAGCCCUGGCCACCCAGCAGGGCUCAAGAGGAAAGCCCAGGCUGCUGAGGGGAUUUUACCCACGUGGUACUCAGUUCACACACACCUCUCCACUUCAGGGCACCAGACAACCCCACAUUCACAUCUCACUUCUUUUGCAAUCAACUGCACUGCAGCCCUGCCCAGGCUAAGGCUGGCUCCCUCUUCUGACAGCCCACAAGACCUCUGAGCCCCACAGUGUCCCACCUGUCAGGUGUGAUGUUCAUACUGUACUCCUGCUUCUUGUUAUGUACACAUAACAAACACCUGGUCCUCCAACCCUUACAGAGCAUUUUGGACAGUCCAAACUUUAUAUUCUUCCAUCACCUCCUGCAUCCUGGGGGAGUCACAGCUGUUGCCAGCACACAGGGGAGACCUGACAGUUCCUGCAGGACCAGCUCUCCUGCCAGGCCCAGCUCUCUGCUCCCACCCCCAGGAAGCUCUGCAGUACUCAGCAGUUCCCAGGAAAGAUAAGCAAUCUGUCACAAGUACCUUGUCCCGUUCCUUGUCUUUCAGCUUGUCCAUAGCUCGUUUCAGCCCUUCUUCCAGCAGGUCUAUGAGACGCACUGUAUCCCCUGAACGAGUUUUGAACUUCUUCCUGAAAACACACAGACAACAUGACCACCUGCAUAAGAGGCACAACACUUCCACCCUCUGCCUAGGGCACUCCAGGCAGAUCCAGGACAUGCACCAGAGCCUUUUGCAGGGAUUGCCACUGCUCACACCUUAAGGCUUAGUAAAAAAGCACAUGGCAGAUCUCUUUGUAUUGAAGAAAUUGCCAUCACACAGACAGCUACAAAACUGAGAGAACACCCACGGGGUGCUGACCAGGAAGGCUCCCACAGUCAGAACUGUCCCAGUUCCAGACAUUAGGCAGAAUACAAUACCAGUGCCAGCCUUUUCCCAACUUAUGUUAUGAAGAAGGUAGAAAGUAAUGGAAAUUGUGGCCUUUACCAUUGCCAUCUCCCAGUAUUCACAUCAGCUUCCACCAGCCAAUCCCAGUGCCCCUCCCCAAAUGCCAGGCAGCAGAAGCCAGGCCCAAGAGGGAAUGUGACCACAGCACCAGUGGAUCGAGGACAAUGACAGGCAACAAAAUGACACAGUAAUGGAAAACAGCAUGGGAUGAGGUGCUUUCUUCUGGGUUUUUUUUUGGCAUGUCACAUACUUGUCAACAAACAAGAGCAAGUCUCCUGCAUUCACUCAAACAUCCUCUCCAAGGCAAAUACAGAGGCAAGACUGCACCCAAGCACUUACUUGUCUUCUCCCAGCACCACUCCAAACGCGGCAUGGGCCACUCUGGUCACUUUGGGGUCAUACCAGCCAAUCAUCUGUCCAGCUGCAAACACUGUUUGUAAAUGCACAGACUGCAAGGAAUAAACACCAAAAACCGGUUCUCAGCCCACUCCUCCAGGUGCAGUUUUCUUCCCUGCUUUAGCUCAUUCACAACAACGCUCUCGCAACGAGACUUAAAAUUUUUCAAGCUCCACAGAGAAAUUCCCCAUCAGAAAGUUCAACCUUUUGAAGAGUUUUCCUGGCUUACAGAAGCUUACAGAUGGUAAAUUCCCAUCACUGCUCAGGGAAGGGGUAGAUAUACCAACAACACUAAAGACCCUGUGGUCUACCUGCGUUCCUGCUGCAUCCAGCCCUUAACACACUUCGUGAUGAGCUGCACCAGCAGUGAGAGCAGAGCUGGGGAACUCACCUGUCCGCUGUCCACAACGUAGAUAAGGAUGUCACCCUUCUCUUCACACAGCCUGUGUUUAAGAGCAGCCAAGUCUGAUGUGUCAUAUGUGUAACCUCCGUCUGAUUUCAUGAUUGUCAGCGGCACAGGGAAACCCGGGACAAACACGAUCUUCCUCCCAUCAUCAACCUGGACAAACCCUGCAAAAGCAAAGGAAAACAUUCUGUCUUGUAUCACAGUAGGGAGGUUUGUGGGCCAGCAGAAACACUUCCCUGAUGCUACCAGCACGAAAAGGCCACACACUCACAUGAUCAAAUAAUUAAUGGCUCAAAUACGAAAAAACCUACAUGGAACUCCCUUGUCAACCAAGUCACAUUCCGUACAGCACUUCCAGAACUACACACAAGGAAGCAGAUCUGUACAGAGGUGGUUUUACAGAGUUAAAAACUCCCAACACUGGCAUCCAGAUCCCCCUGUCCAGCCACAAACCCAGCAUCACAAGGUAUGACAUUAAAGGCAACAGUAUAGAGAUGCAAUGAGGACUUAGCACCAAGUCUUUCAGAGGUAAGACUAGUCAGAACACUUCAGACAGGGAGACUCAAGAACUGCUGAAUCCAGACAGGAACACAUAAAACCAGAGACUUCUUAUGCUGCAUUUGGCUUCUUGCCAGUUUCAAAGUCAACAUGAUCCAAAAAUCCCACUGUCUUCACAGAGAUUUCUCAAAGUUCCCACACAGUCACAACACUAAGACCGGGAAGUCUGUCCUGUAUUGCUCCCUGACUGUUUAUUCAGAAUACAAUAAAUUCCAGUAGUACCUCAUGCUAUUGCCUACAAAUAUCACAGACAAACUGAUUUUGAUGUCAGUAAGAAAGAUUCAAGCUUUCUGGAGUGAAACAUAUAAGAAUUAAUUCUGCUAAUGCAAAAAGAAGGAAAAGCCACAAAAAUUCCACAUUUAGGAAAUGUGGCCGAGAGAAAAAGCAAAGGUGGGGAACAUGCAACUUGAAAAGCAUCAGCCCUAAGCCUCACUGAGGAGGAGUGAGGUUACCACACAUCCUCACAGCUGACCUGAAAUUCUGACCUGAGACCAAAAGCCUCACCUUUAUCUUCGAAUUCUUUGACUAUGUCUUUCAUCAUCUCGUGGUAGAACGAUUCCCCUCUCUCUAUGAGUGUGAUGUCCAAACAGUUGUAGAUUUUCUGGAAUUCUUGAGGAGGGAAACAGAACAAAAUACUUCCAUUAAAGGCACACAGUGGUAACCACUGGUUUUUUACUUUAAGCUUCUUGUAGCAGUGUGGCAGUGAUUUUCAACAGAAAACAGGAGCAUGGGCUCAGACAUAAAGGUGAGGAAAGCCCCGUUGUUCUACUGCUGAGACACGUUUCUGGACCUGGCAAAGUCACCUUUGCGUGACACGUCACAGAUGAGCUCCCAGGCCUUGAUGAAGUCAGGGUUUUUGCUCUGCAGCAGCACCACACAUUGGUAGGCACGUUUCUUAAACUCCUCCUCUGUGUCAAACCUCCUCUU